AUGAAAGCACGAACUCCGUUCGCCUUAUGGAAUGGUCCUACCGUCGUUGCUUGGCUGGAACUAUGGGUUGGUAUGCCGGCUUGGUAUGUAGCUGCUUGCCGUGCUAAUGUGAAGUCUGGUGCUAUAAUGUCUGCACUGAGCGACCAGGAGAUUCAGCGAGAAAUAGGAAUUAGUAAUCCUUUGCACCGACUGAAGCUUCGGUUGGCCAUCCAGGAAAUGGUAGCCCUAACAUCACCAUCAGCUCCACGAUGUGCGAGAGUGACGUUGGCGUUUGGUGAUAUGAACCACGAGUGGGUAGGGAAUGAGUGGCUACCAAGCCUAGGCCUUGGACAGUACAGAUCGGCCUUCAUGGAAUGCCUGUUAGACGCACGAAUGUUGGAACAUUUGUCAAAGCGUGACCUGAGGACGCAUUUACGUAUGGUCGAUAACUUUCACCGAGCCAGCUUACAGUAUGGCAUUAUGUGCCUCAAAAAGCUCAAUUAUGACCGCAAAAACCUUCAAGAUCGGCGACGAGCUUGCGAGGCCGUUAAUAGAGGUGCUUUGAUAUGA